GCCGUUGUCGCUCUCGCGUUCUUCCUCCGCCGGGCUCCGUGGCGUCGGGCUCCCGCCGCUCUCGGGGGCGCCGCCGUCGCACAGCUGGGGCGCCCGCCGUCCAGCAGCGAUGGCCCCCUGAGCGGGCCCGAGCGCAUAGCAGUGGGAGGGCGCCGCGGGCGGGCCCGGGGUCGGCGGGUGGAGGCCGGGCCGCGGCCUCUUUGUCUCCAGGGCGGCGGGCGCGUCCGCGGGGCUCGGGCGGAAGUCCCAACGCGCUCCCGGCGCGCCGGACAGAGCGGCCGCACCAUGAGCGACAUCCGCCACUCGCUGCUGCGCCGGGACGCGCUAAGCGCCGCCAAGGAAGUGCUGUACCACCUGGACAUCUACUUCAGCAGCCAACUGCAGAGCGCACCACUGCCCAUCGUGGACAAGGGCCCCGUGGAGCUGCUCGAGGAGUUCGUGUUCCAGGUGCCCAAGGAGCGCGGCACGCAGCCCAAGAGAUUGAAUUCACUUCAGGAGCUCCAACUUCUUGAAAUCAUGUGCAAUUAUUUCCAGGAGCAAACCAAGGACUCUGUCCGGCAGAUUAUUUUCUCAUCCCUUUUCAGCCCCCAAGGGAACAAAGCUGAUGACAGCCGAAUGAGCCUGCUGGGAAAACUGGUCUCUAUGGCAGUGGCCGUGUGUCGGAUCCCCGUGUUGGAGUGUGCGGCCUCCUGGCUCCAGCGGACGCCGGUGGUCUACUGUGUGAGGUUAGCCAGGGCCCUCGUGGAUGACUACUGCUGUUUGGUGCCAGGAUCUGUUCAGACGCUGAAGCAGAUAUUCAGUGCCAGCCCCCGCUUCUGCUGCCAGUUCAUUACUUCCGUCACUGCGCUUUAUGACCUGUCAUCAGAUGAUCUCAUCCCACCUUUGGACUUGCUUGAAAUGACUGUCAACUGGAUUUUUGAGGACCCAAGGUUGAUUCUCAUCACUUUUUUAAAUACUCCAAUUGCCGCCAAUCUCCCAAUAGGAUUUUUAGAGCUCACCCCACUCACUGGAUUGAUCCGCUGGUGUGUGAAGGCCCCCCUGGCUUAUAAAAGGAAGAAGAAGCCCUCCUUGUCCAAUGGUCACGUCACUGCCAAAGUUAUAAAGGACUCGGGAGGGAUGGACAGAGACUCACACCUCUUGUUCUCAAAACUCCAUCUCAGCGUCCUGCAGGUUCUCAUGAUGCUCCAGGUGCAUUUGACCGAGAAGAAUCUCUAUGGGCGCCUGGGGCUGAUCCUGUUUGACCACAUGGUCCCACUGGUGGAGGAGAUCAACAGAUUGGCAGAUGAACUGAACCCCCUCAACGCCUCCCAGGAGAUCGAGCUCGCUCUGGACCGGCUCGCUCAGGCUUUGCAGGUGGCCAUGUCCUCUGGAGCCCUGCUGUGCACUAGAGAUGACCUGAGAACCCUGUGCUCCAGGCUGCCCCAUAAUAACCUGCUCCAGCUGGUGAUCUCGGGCCCAGUGCAGCAGUCGCCACACGCAGCACUCCCCCCUGGGUUCUACCCUCACAUCCACACGCCCCCGCUAGGCUACGGGGCUGUGCCAGCUCACCCUGCCGCCCACCCUGCGCUGCCCACACACCCCGGACAUACCUUCAUCUCAGGCAUGACGUUUCCAUUCAGGCCCAUCCGCUAGGCCGGCCCCUAUGCACCCUGAGUGGCAGCAUGCCUUGUGCGCCUGGGUUGGAGGAAGCCUUGCAGAGAAAGGGAGACUGGCCCCAUAGGUGAGGGCCUUUGGGAGGCAGCAGGCAGCCCCUCCUCACUGGCAGAACCUUCUUGGUGCAGAAGUUGGGCCUUGCAGGCUAGGUACCUCCUGCGCAGUCACGGUCUUAGGAGUCCCGCUUGGAUGGUGGAAGGAAGAGCAUCCGGGGCUCUGAGUGAUGCCAGGCCCGUGCACCUGGGGCAUCGUGUGUCACUGCAGACAGCACCCCAGGCCUGUGCCCAGAGCCUUGUGAGAAGCAGCAUUUGCCAGUCCCCUUGUCUGGCUUCUUUCUCGUGACUGUGAUGUGUCCCUGCCAGCAAACAGGCUGCUUUGAUGGCUCCGUGAGCUCCAAGCUGAGGCGGUGAUGCAGGCCUACACACAACACUUGGCCCGUUCCAGGAAUCCUGUGCGGUGGCCCCACCACCACCACUGAGAAGAGGAACCUCUCUCUUUUAUUGGGGUCUCUAAAUUUUCCUUUCAUAUUUUCAAAUAAAGUUUUUCUAAACAA